AUGUGUCGCGUGGUCUGUGUUCUAAUCAUUUUUGUGUCCGUGUUCUGUGGACACCAGGCAGUAAAUGCUGCCGUAACUGGAACAGCAGUAAGGCUUGAUUGCUUCGCCGAGAUGAACGAGGUGAGAGAAGCUGCGGGACUCGCUGCGUUUGGGAACGCAACUGUUGAUGGACAAGUACUGCCAGAACACCCUGGUCAGGAAACAGGAAGAACAGCUGAAAGUUUGUGGAACGAAAUCUGCCAAGAAAUUGCCGACAGCGAAGGUACUGAGGCUCAGCAGUUAAAGGGAACAUUCGCUUACCACCCCAACGGAAAAGACUGCAAGGCGGCAGUGCAGUACUGGAAGGACGGAUUUUCACUCUUCAAAAAUGAGCUACCCCCAACGUACACAGCUCCCGAAAACCCUGCGGUGUACACCGAAAAAGCCAUUUCCUUUGUGGCCCUCUAUAACCCUCAGCCGAAGCCUGUAGCCAGCUGCGCCCUAGUCACCUGCACACAAGCAGGCGAGUUUGCUGCCCUACGAAUGUUAAAAAGCCACGAAGGGCCCUCGACAAGAAGACUUCAAGGUGAAGAGGAUUCUACUACUGCCGUUAUCUGCUUGACGAACCCGGUGGCGGAAGAGGUGUGGCAGAAGAUUGUCCAAGCUAUAGUUGGUACUGAGGAGAGCAACGGGGUUUCGCCAGUCAGGCCAUCAUUGGAAGUUGGGUUCAUAAUGAUGCUUUUUGCCUAUGGUCUUUUUUAA